AUGUCCGCAUCAGCUUCUUUGAAGCUGGUAUCCUUAAUAAUGCGAGCACUGCACAUAAACCCGUGUCAGUGCACACAAUGUGCAAUGCAUCCACUCAUCGCGAACGCAGCGCAGUUUCAUCAGGCAAAUCCUACAACGAAUAUUUUUAAUAAAAUUAAUAAAUCCGAUUCAUCUGCUCACUCGUCCAAUCAAGUGGCAUCAUUCAAUAAUUAUAAUAAUGAUGUGAAUCAACUACAGUCAGCACAAUCAAAAGCGAGAGGAGAUGAAGAUACGGAUUGUACGGCGCUAUUGGCCACUCUGUUUUCAUCGAAUCCUCCAGUGCUGUCAGAUACAUCAUCGAUUCAACAACCUCACAUGUUUUAUCCGUUGAAGCAACAACAGUCUGCGACUGAUCCACAACAAAAAUUGAUUCCGAUAUUCGAUAACAGUAAUACAUAUACGACACAAGAUGAAGACAGCACAACACGUACCCUUGGACGUCGUAAUAAGCAUUAUAAGACUUUGAAAGAACGGAAAGAAAUCGCUGAAUAUGGGAGGAUGCAUGGGGCGAGUGCAGCCGCGAGACGCUAUGAUGUACCCGUUUAUGCGGCACAGUACUAUGUCAGGACUCACGCUCGCUUUGAACGAUCAGGUGAAGCAAACGGGACGAAUGCGCAAGGUGAAAUGAAGCGGACAUCGCCGUCGAAUGAAUCGAGAAGAAUGUUGAACUCAUCAAACGAUCAGUCAAAACAACGCUCUCGUGGUAGACCAAGAUUGUUAGGUGAUGAAUUAGACGGUGAAUUGUUGGAUUAUUUAGCGAAGGUGAAACGUACGUUACCGGGCGGUCAUUUGUCGGUAACGAAAGCACUGGAUUUAUCGCGUCAUUUCAUAGAGCAACGAUCACCAGGCCUGUUGGUGGAAUAUGGUGGAGAGGUGUCUCUGCGAUUCUCGUGGGCAUCUGUCCUCGUGAGACGAAUAGCUGAGCGUGAACUGGAUGUGAUCACUGCGCAAAACGCCGAUAGUAACCACAUUAACAGCACUGAUACGGCUAAUGUAAACACUAAUGAUGUGAAUGGUAGCGAUAACAAUAAUAGUAAUCCUGAUGAGAACAAUAAUGGAUCUAACAGUCAUAAUAACAGUGCCAAUAACACCCUCAGUAAUAGUAAUAUAUCGUCACCGAAUGAAGCGGAGAAUUCGUUUGUUAACACGACGCAAGCGUACACUCCGGCUGAUCAGGCAGUGAUGGAAUUUGUCGAUCCCAAAUGUGAUGCUAGUGUCGCAUCGAUAGUGGCUUACAAUUCGGUCAAAAGCGAAAGCAACGAAGCGAUUGACCGAACUGACACACAGAGUCAUGAAGUAUCUAUUGAUUAA